GGAGGAGGAGGUGGAGGAGGAGGCGGUGGCGGCGGCGGAGGUGGAGGCGGGGUCAAGCAGAGCGUCAGCCGGAACAGCAACAUCCGGAGCAGCAGCUCCAACAGCACCAUGGCCUCGGCCAAUCACCGCGGCGGCGGAGGACGCGGCGGAGGUGGCGCCGUCGCAGGAGCCGGUGCCGAUGGCAAUGCGAUCGUGGGUCUGCAGAUCGGAUCCGCCUGGUUUCAGCGCAAGAUCAACCUGAGGCCGCAGCACCGCGGCGUCCAUCUGGUCACCGAGGAGAUCCUCCGACAAAUGCCGGAGCUGGCGCACUUCUCCGUGGGAUUGUGUCACAUGCAAAUUCUUCACACCUCGGCGAGUUUAGCGUUAAACGAAAGUUGGGAUCCAGACGUCAGAGACGACAUGGAGAUGAUGUUGAAUAAAAUAGUUCCCGAAGGCUUGCCCUACAGGCAUUCGUGCGAAGGACCCGACGAUAUGCCCGCGCACGUGAAGGCCUGCUUCCUGGGCAGCUCCCUGACAAUCCCGAUCACCGACGGCAAGCUCUCGCUGGGCACCUGGCAGGGCGUGUGGCUGUGCGAGCACCGCGACCAGGCGGGCAGCCGGAAGCUGGUGAUCACGCUGACCGGAUGUCCGCGGGAGCAGGCCCGCAGCCCGCUGUCACCCGUCUCGCCGAUCGCCAGUACGUCCAGUUAGGGGCGGCCUCGCUCCACCCGCGACAGCCGGUAAUCGCGGGGGAGCGACAAUAAUGCCAUCAUUUCGUCGAGGCGGCUGAUAAUGCAAAAGAAGAACUUGGCUAAGGCGGCCAACCUGACGGCGGCCCAGCAGCGGGCGGCGGCGGUUAUAGCUGCUGCCGGUAGGGGUGGCGUUGGCGGUCAGGACUCAUCCCUGGCCCUCAUCCCGCCCAAUAUUCCGGGAGUGGAGGGAACGAAGACCGGCCGCCUGCUGCUGCGCCAACAGCUGCACCUCAAUCUCAACUUGAACGUGCAGGAAACGCUGCGCGAUGGCGUCGAUAUCGAUGACGUGGACGAGGAUGUCGACGAGGACGAGGACCUAGAAACAACCGUCACAACAGUGCCUCUUAACAAUGAACAACUUAGCGCUAAGGUCACCACCACAUCCACAAGUUCAUCAGCAGCGACAGCGAGCAGUGCAUUAGCUAAAUUCAAUCGCAUCAUUGACUCCACAUUGGAGCGGCCACCGGUGGACUACGCGGGUUUGCCCAAGUUGAGCAGUGCCACACUGCAGCAGCGCUUCAACUUGGCCUAUCCGGAGUUGGUUAGCCAGCCGCAGCAGCAGCAGCAACAGCAACAACAUCAGCUGCAGCAGCAACAUCAGCAGCAGCUGCAACAUCAAGAUGCGAGCAAGCAGAUCAGCAGCCUCCAGGGCAACCCGAGAUCGGAUCGUGGAACGGGCGCCGUUGCCAGCACACCAUUAACACUUCGAGCACCCAGAACUCCAGCAACGGCGACGGAGGAGCAAGUGGAUCCGGGCAAGGCCCACCAGCAAGAAGACGACGACGACGAAAAGAACAACCGAGAUGAUCAUCCCCACCACGACGAGGAUAAUCAAACGAAACGAAAUGAUGUGCAUUAUUUGUUGAAACAGUUGAAUAGUUUUAGUGAUAUAGAAGAAAUAGAAAUUGUUGAUAUGAAGCAAAGGGUUCAGCAGCGGCCACCGAUGGCCUCCAGUUCGCUGGCCACCAUGAUGCCGCCGCCAUCGCCGGCGCCACUGGCAUCGCCAUCCACUCAAUCGCAUCGCGUCGGAGCCCGGUUCGCCUCCGGCUCCGGCGGUGAGGGAUCGCUGGUGCUGCCGCAGAACCAGUUCGACGACUACCUGUUCGAGUCCUGCCACUAUUUGGAGACAAACUACUUUGCCGCCACCUACCGCACUGCCAUGGUCGAGAGCAGCUCGCACGAGUUCCGGCCCUCGACCAACAGCAGCUCGAACAGCUUCGAGCUGCACGAGAUGGAGCCGCCCAGUGUCAUCUGCAAGGCGGGAGCACCGCCACUGGAUGCAACCAGUCAUCCUGGUCAUCCAGGUGGUCAUCCUCCUCCGCCCAGGUAUCAAUUUGAGUACCAAACGGAGACCCGACUGACCACCAGUGGAGUGCAGACGGAGCUCACGGUCGAGUCGCUGGCCAAGAUGAGCCACUGCAGCGGCAGCUCCUCCUCCUCCUCGAAAUCGAACUCGAACUCGGGGAGGGCGCCUCCCUUCUUCCGGUGCUGCUACACGCCCAUCGACCGCUGGCGGGAGCGGAGGCAGCAGCAGAAGAGCUCCGCCGCCGCCUCCUCCUCCUCCUCCGCGGCGGCCGGCCAUCCGCCCAAGGACGUCUGACACUGGGCGUGGCAGUCCACUCGGAGAUCCAACAUGUGCCUGGCUAACCUACUUCAGGGAUGCAUUCCGCGGGGGAACUUUAGUUGGGUCGGGAUUUAUCAUAGACAUGGUUCGGUGCUCUUUUUCAAACUUCAAAUUUAAAAUAUUAUGAUAUAUUUUUGCAGGUUAUUCAGUAGUGUAUUGAAUAACUUAUUCUCUAUUAAUGAUUUUUAAAACUAAUAUUGAAAUUCAAAAGUUCUUGAAUUAAUUUCCCUUUUUAUUUAAUUACAAUACAGAUUUCCUUUAAAACUUUUAUUGUACCGAACCACUUGCCUUUAUAAGAUUAACAAAUUAACGAAACAAAACGGUCUGCAUCCCUGUUUUUUUGGUCGCUGUUCUCAUUUGCGAUAUCAACAAGAGAUUCCAUUUCGAUCGACAGUCGAUACACGAAUCAUUAAGCCCCUAAUCAUCCGAUGGAAGUUCAUAUUAUUGUACAAUUUAUAUACGCUAAAAAAAGUAAACCAGAAAUGUUAGUAAACAAUUUUUUAUACACACACCAGCCACACAGACAUUCGCACAUUUUUGCAAUACACCAAAGUAAAUGAUUUGGAACUUUGUAUAAAUACUUAAGAGUUGUUAAGUGGUUAACAGGUAACUUGGUUAGCUACUGAUAGUUAAUGGUUCCCAAUUUAACACUUUGUUUUGGACUCACGAGAUGCUCUUUUUAGAAUCUAACCGGGUUAUCUGCGAACCACUUAAACGAGCUGAACUCAACUUAGGCCUAAAGUUGUAUUCGAAAUGUUUCAACGGAAGAGGAAUAUUGUUAAAAAUUAAUUAAAACGUAGAAAUGGACGAAGGAUGAAGAUGCGAGAGCUUGUAUAGUAAGUUGAUAAUGAAUGAUAACGAUCGAGAAUCAUGUUGAUAGUGGUCGAAAUAGGAAUAGAAGGCGCGCACGCCGGCACUUUUGUUUUAGACUUCUAGAUUCCUCUCGCUUUACCAAGUCCGUUGGUCUGUCUAAAUAAUAUAUAGCAUUCAACUUAGGAGAUUAUCAGCGUGCGCGCGGGUUUUCGAUCCCAAAAAAAGUAAAAAAGGAGAAGGGUCAAAUCCAAUAAAACAAAAGCAAUUGUUACAUCAAUUAGACACUGUUCUGUUGACUUAUCAUUUAAGCCACCUAUUUCGUUUCGAAAGUCUAAGCUUUUAAGGAAUUGUUGUUAGAGCACAAGAGAUACUGGCUAUACAAGCAAACCAAAAAAACACGAAACGAUUCAAAACUCUUAACCAACCAAGAGCAAUAUUAGUUUUUAAAUCAGUUCGGAUUUGUCAAUUUUGUUGAGAACAUACGCAAGUAAAGAACAUACAUCAAAUAUAUAUCACUAACUUGAAUAAGCCUCGAGAUCACGCUUUGGUUUAUCGGAUAAUAAAAAUAUAUACGCAAUUGGAACACCGUCUAAAACUGAAUUUAUUUCAACAAAUUUCCGCUGCUCAACAUUGAACUGAGACCCACAGACGUCUGGUUUCAGGAUCUUCAGCUGAGUUCUUCCAAACAGCGAGUGCAAUCCGAGGGAGAAUCCGCAAAGCCACAACCACAAAAAUACAAUGAAAACCAAACAAAUGCCUUUUACAUGCCCACACGUACACUAAAAAGAAAAAACGAAGAGAAAUAACAGAAACAGAAAACAGAAGAGUAGCCCAAGAAUGGUAACCAAUGUUAGUCAAUAAUGCGCCGAGCAACAUGCAAAUGUCUGUAAAUCACAAGCGAGGCGAACUAAUUUAUUUAAAAUAUAUAUCAACACGUUGAUUAUGUUAAUCAUUAACGAUUUACGAACGACAUAACAAAUAAGUUGUUAUCGAGCGAGAAGUAAGAGUUAUGGGGGCUAAAUAGCGAUAGAGAAAUUACCUAUUGUUGUAUGUUUUAUUCGAAGCGCACGAAAUCUAAUAAACAUUAACGUAAUCGCUAAAAAAAAAACAAAAAC